AUGGAGGGAACCGCAAAUUUGGUGGUGUAUCACAACGGUGAGAUAAUACAUAAUACUCAUGAGGGAGUGAGGUUUGUGUCCCAGAAUCCGUUUUCGUUUGUGGUUCCAUGCACGAUGACGUUAAUGGAGCUGCAGAACGGCCUCUGUCAAAGCAUGAAAAACGGUACAUUAAUGAGAGUGAGCAGAAUUCUGUAUCGAAAUCCGAUUGUAGUUUUUGGUGGUAUAAUACAGUUUGAUGUCCUGCCGAUUACUGAUGAAGCGAGUAUGGAGAAUAUGUUUCAAAUUCAUCGGCAGACUCAGAUGCGACACCCACAGAUUGAGUUGUACGUUGAGUUUGAAACUGUGGAGGUUCAAAACGAUAUAGACAUACAUGACGAUAGAGCUGCAGUGGACGAAGGAAUGAAUAGUGACAGCGAAGAGGACUUCGAAGCCACUUAUGAGGCCGGCGACGAAGAUGAGGAUGGUGACGUGGGAGUUGAGGUAGCAGCAGAGAAUGUAGUGGUUCAUCCGUCUAGCAGUCAACCGAUGGACGUUCUACCUUUUAUGCGUGAGUUGGAUCUCGAGGCCAUGCAUGCCCCCGAGUUUCCGGAAUAUGCAAACAUAGGCAUUGCUGAUCCUGAGGACGGAGAGUUCCGGAUUGGAAUGGAAUACAGUAGUAGAAAGUCGGUCGUCGCAGCAAUUAGAAAUUUCACUGUAUCUAAAGAAGUUGACUAUGAGGUCUAUGAGUCUGAGCCACAGACGUUCUAUGCAAAAUGCAAGAUGUACGGGCAUGGAUGUGACUGGCUUAUCCGAGCUAGCUUGAUACGGAAAAAAGGUUGUUGGGAGAUACGAAGAUACAAUGGUAGGCACACGUGCAUGAUCGGAACGAUUUCACAAGAUCAUUCCAAGCUGGACUUAGAUACAGUUGCUGAUGCUAUAAGGCCAUUGGUCGAGACGGACCCGUCCAUCAAGGUAAAAUCUAUAAUUGCGGAAGUCCAGUCAAGGUUCAACUAUACCAUUAGUUACCGAAAGGCUUGGUUGGCAAAGCAGAAGUCCAUAGCCAAUGUUUUCGGUGGUUGGGAGGAUUCUUACCAAGCCUUGCCAUGGUGGCUUUCAGUCAUGGUGCAGAAGAUGCCUGGUUCAGUUGUCCAAAUAGAAACACGACCACUGUACAACGGGAAUGAGGAGGCGCAAGGUGUAAAAAUACUUCAUCGUGUAUUUUGGAGUUUCAAUCCAUGCAUUAGGGCAUUCAGGCAUUGCAAGCCCCUGGUUCAGGUUGACGGCACAAACCUAUACGGAAAAUACAAAGGUACACUUCUAGUUGUUGUUGCACAAGAUGGGAACCAGAACAUUGUGCCUAUCGCCUUUGCCUUGGUGGAAGGGGAGACAGCUGAUGCGUGA